AUAAAUAACAGUCAUCGUCCCAUGUGUGUUCUCGCUUCCUGUUCUGUUGUUGGACUUGCACCAAAUCGCAAAAAUGUUGUCACUGAAAUUUAUAUCAGCAGCAGUUUUCCUUUCUGGGCUCGCAUCAUGCAUGGAAAUCAAAUUCAAGGACUGUGGCAGUACUAGUGCCAAAGCGACCCAUGUAUACAUCGAUCCCUGCACUGCUACUCCAUGCACCUUGCACAAGGGCAAAAACAGUACCAUUUCAGUUGCCUUCAACCCAACUGGGACGGUCACCAAAGUAAAGGCCAUUGUCCACGGUGUGAUUGCUGGCAUACCUGUGCCCUUUCCCAUCACAGGCGAUGAUGGUUGUCAAAACUCGGGCCUCACGUGCCCCUUGAAAGGUGGCGUCGAAGUAAAAUAUUCAAAAGCCAUCCCUGUCUUAUCCCAGUAUCCUUCAUUAAAGCUUCUUGUCAAAUGGGAACUACAAGACCAGGAUAGCAAAGAUUUGGUAUGUGUUGAGAUGGCAGUGCAAAUAAAAUAAGCAAAGGAUGUCUUCUUCUCAUUAAAAUGUGACUUCAAGAACUGAGAUAAAACCUGAAUGUGUCAAUUGUAAUUUAACUAAUUUAAUUUGAUUUUAUGAUAUAAAUGUUGUAUGUUAUUGAAUUUUUGCCUAAAAGAAGGUGCGUAUAUUUUUAA